CGCAGACGUUUUUCGUGCUGCAGUCGUCGAGUCUCCUACUUAAACGGAAACCACGGGCUAGGAUCAUCAUUAGUCGCCUGUACUGUACAGUGUUUACGGUGUGUCAGACCGACCACCGGUGGCCCCACGAGACUGAAGUUAAGAUUUUGCGGCGUGCGCAAGCAGAGUCUGAGCCCGGCAUACAGUCGCCGACCAUGGUUGGGAAAAUUUUCUUGAUCUCCGUACUUGCCGCCACGGUAGUCAUUGCAGUGCCCCUUGAUGCGAAUGCAUUACCAGCGCUCGAGUGGGCCGAGAACUCAGCGCAAGAUGUCGUGGACGCCCUCGCACGUGUUAGGUAUACCAUACAACCCCGACAUUGCGGGGACUUACUGGACGCUGGUCAGAGGACGAGUGGUGUGUACACCGUGUUCCACGAGAGUGCUGGCCGCUCAGGGCAGGACGUCUACUGCGACAUGAAAACGGACGGAGGAGGCUGGACGGUCAUCCAGAAGCGCGGACAGUACGGGAACAACGCAUUCUACUUCUACCGGAACUGGACGCAAUACACCAAUGGGUUCGGUGAUCCGGCAAAAGAGUACUGGAUCGGCAAUGAAGCCCUCCACACGUUGACGGAUGGCCGGAAACCGAUGGAACUUCGAAUAUUCCUGGGCAACACCACGAACCAGGGCAUUUGGAUCGACUACGAAAGUAUCCGGGUCGCCAACGAGACUGACCUCUUCACAAUUGAGAUUGGCAAGUUCCUGGGGCCCAAAGGCUGGGAUGCCCUGAGCUUCGCCGACAACAUGAAGUUCUCCACUUUCGACCAGGACCACGACCAGUCUCCGGACAGCUGUGCCCUUAAAUACAAAGGGGCCUGGUGGUACAGCAACUGCUUCGAUUCGAACCUCAACGGCCUAAACCUCAAUGGCCACCACAACACCAUGGGUGACGGCAUCGAGUGGAUUGCACCGAAGACCGUUAGCCUCGGUCCCUACUACUCGUACCCGUGGGUGCAGAUGAUGAUUCGGCCGGUGGGAUUCGCCGCUCGCAAUUCGCGUUCGAUGAGGAAUGCCACCACCGCAUGUGCGUUCACAGCCAACUGUGGGGCUCGGACAAAUGCCACUUUCGCAGUCGCUUAGUGAAUCCACUGACCUUAAUAUUUGAAGAUACAUAUUGAGAUUUAGCUUGUACGUAUUCGUAUUGAGUUUCCGGAACACCGCAAUGCUCGGCGACGUAGACUGGAACAGCCAUGUCAGUAGUGCCAUUUGGUGGCACUCAAUUUAACGAGAGCAAGAAUAUAUCAUUGCAUGGACUAAGUGCGUUUUUACGUUCCGCCAUAAAGCCUCGAUCACGACAGAUCCAAUAGCAUACAGCUUGUUCCUCUAUCUUUCUUCAAAGAGAACGUUCAAGCAUUGCGGCAUGAUGUCUAACAGACUGCGGUUAAAUAAAGGAUCACCAGAUGUUUCUACCAGUGCUGCUGCCACCGUCCGGGAGU